GAUGUCUGCGCAGCGGUUAAUUUCUAACAGGACCUCCCAGCAAUCUUCAUCUAAUUCUGAUUACACCUGGGAGUAUGAGUAUUAUGAGAUUGGACCGGUUUCCUUUGAAGGACUGAAGGCUCAUAAAUAUUCCAUUGUGAUUGGAUUCUGGGUUGGUCUUGCAGUCUUCGUGAUCUUUAUGUUUUUUGUGCUGACCUUGCUGACCAAGACAGGAGCUCCACACCAAGAUAAUGCAGAAUCUUCAGAGAAGAGAUUCAGAAUGAACAGCUUUGUGUCAGACUUUGGAAGACCCUUGGAGCCAGAUAAGGUGUUUUCUCGCCAAUGCAAUGAGGAAUCCAGGUCUCUCUUUCACUGCUACAUCAAUGAAAUAGAGCAUUUGGACAGGGCCAAAAUUUGUCACCAGACCACAGCCCUGGACAGUGAUGUCCAGCUCCAGGAAGCCAUCAGGAGCAGUGGGCACCCAGAAGAAGAGCUUAACAGGCUCAUGAAGUUUGACAUUCCCAACUUUGUGAACACGGAUCAGAACUCAUCCUUUGGGGAGGAUGACCUCCUGAUUUCUGAACCACCUAUUGUUCUAGAAAAUAAGCCAGUUUCCCAGACCUCACACAAAGGUCUAGAUUGAGAAACAGGCUUUGUGAGGUGUCUUCCUGAAGAUGUGAGCUCUGUCUUCAUGUAACAAUUGUGUGCGAGAGAAAUUCUUCUAUUCAAAUUCUACAAUUGUGUGUG